AUGGUUCGAUUUCAAUAUGAGGACCAAACAAGAAUGUUUGCAAAGAAAAAUGUCAAGGAGCCUCAGCGUGCGGGUACUUCAAAAGCAAAUUAUGUGAUACCAAUUACAAUGACUAUUGUAGUAAUAGCUAUCUUGGCAAUAAUGUUAAUUGUAAGAAUCACAAAGUUAAAAUUAUCAAUUAAGAGACGAGAAGGCAGGAGGAGGGUGGCAUUACAACGGGCAAUACAUAGAAGUAAUCGUCGUAGAGGAGGCGAUACUCUUCCAAAUUCAAGUUCAAGAACGCAGGAUGAUGGGUUAGACAUUGUGCCAGAGUAUACAGCAGUUACAUCACCUAAAGAUUAUGGACAUUUUGAUAUAAACGGGAAAUUUCAUUAUAACUUAACUUCGAAGAGCGUUAUGAAGGAUUUAGACAUUUCUGUUCAUUCAGUAGAUUUUAGUAAGGAUGAGCAAAUAUCUGCACCAAUGCGAACUACAACAAGAGAACCGCCUAGUGAAAGAAUACCACUUUCCUCUUAUUUGGAAAAUUUAGAAUUGCAGCCUGUCUCUAGUUUUCAAUCUAGUACUGAAGAGGAAACAUUACCCGACUAUUGUUCUAAUUCUACUCAGUUGAAUAUAUCUACCUAG